GUAUUCCGUCAGUCAUAAUUGACAUCAAUCAACACACAUCAAUCAAGUAAAAUAUUAUAUAUUAUACUUCGCCACUCGAGUUACAAAACAAAAAUAAACCAUCUGCAUUAUGGCGGCUAAUUUGAAUUUAAGACUGUUGAAUUAUAAAAGUUAUGACGAUUACUUGAAUUCAUUUAUCAAGACCGAGGACUAUCGUUACAUUGGCAGUAUUGCAAUAAUAAAAAAUCUCGUUAAGCUUGGCUAUCGAUGUUCAGACAAAGUCUACGAAGAGAGCGAGUUCAAUUAUUUGAGAAACAAAGUGCAUGAUUACUUAAAUCCGAAAAUUACGAGUGUCCUUUAUGGCAAAUACUUUAAUGGCACCGAUAAUGCAUUAAAAGCUCUCAUGGAACGUGAGGAAUACAAUCUAACAGGAAUUUUAUCGACUAUUAUAUUUGUGCAGAUACGACAACGAAAUGGUUUCGAUAUCGCCGGAUACAUCGACUAUGAGCAGAGACUUCGAGAAAGCAGUUUGCACAAACCAGACUGCACAAAUUGGAAAUCUGUUUUCGAGGGCAAAAAGUUGAUAAAACCAAAGAAAAGUGACCUGAGUUACUAUGACUGGCACAAAGGUCGCAUAUACCAUAAUAGUACGGAUAACUUUCAGACAGUUAGCGGAGGAGUAGGAUUAACAUUUAUGCACAAGGCGGAUCACAAGCACAUUCCUGUUACGGACAAACCCAGUAAAUAUUCAAUGAAUGUUAAUCGCGUUCUGAUACCAUCCGAUUUAUAUGGAAAUAUGAUUUUGUACGAUCAUUUUGUUAGAUGAGUUCAAAAUUAAAAUAAAAAAUUUGAAAUAAAAAAAUAAAUACA